UCUAACAUUAACUCUUACUCUGAUGUGAAUUCAGCCGCUGGUACCAUUAUAAUCAUUGUCAGUCAAAUUUAUUUAGAUAAUGGGUUUACUGUAAAACAAACACAAUAUUUUACUGUACGUAGAGUACAAAUUUGCCAAAAACGGAAGUAUAGCGAUAAAAAAUCGUAUUUUGAGAGCAAGUAGUGCGCAAGCACACCCUAGCCGCAGUCGUGAUUCACGAACAGGAGUACACGAUAAUGGAGCUGAAGGACGACGAUGACAACGAAACGGGCCGGCAACUCUUUCUGGUGGGCUCGCCCCGGGAUCCUUUGGUUUCGGCUGGCUCGAUCGUCGAAAACAGCGCAACCGGCAACGGCAACAACGGCCACACUGGCGGCGAAGAUAUGAAUCCCGGCGGCGAUCUGCAGUCGAGUGCCCUCGUCGGCCUAAUGGGUGCGCAAUCCUCGUCGGUUUGCUUUCCUGCUAAAUUCACAUAUGACUUUACAUCCACGAGUCCUGGAAGCGAAGAGCGACCUCCAACUGGAGCUAUUGGCAAACGAAAGCAGCGCAGGUAUCGCACGACCUUCACUAACUUUCAGCUGGAGGAGCUUGAGAGAGCUUUUCAAAAAACCCACUAUCCGGAUGUCUUUUUUCGGGAAGAGCUGGCGUUGAGAAUACAGCUGACUGAAGCUAGAGUACAAGUUUGGUUUCAAAACAGAAGAGCCAAAUGGCGAAAGCAAGAGAAGCAAUGCAAAAAUACUUCUCAAAUGACAUCUCAUCUUACGACGGAUUGUCACGAUGUACAUCAGCACCAGCACCAGCACCAACAACCGCAGCAGGCUCAACCGGACCAUAUUCUGCUGGAACCACCUCUUGGGAGUCCACCCCCGAUAUAUCUUGGCAUGGAGUGGGCGGGAUUUUCGCCUUAUAGCACCACAAACACACCUUCGCCGCUCAUUAUUAAUGGAGUGAAUAAGCCUCCGGAAUCUGACGACAAUUCUUUGCUGGACCCAGAAUUGCUUCAAUUGAAGACACCGCGAUCGCAAUGGAAAUUGUGAAAUAAUUGUCUUCUUAUUCUAGUGAUUUUUUUAUGCACUGGAUUUUUGCAGAUUUCACUGAAACUUAAAUUCUCUUACAAAAAGUGCAACUGUUACAC